GUCCAGCUACGAAGCUGGGCUGGCUGCCACCGUGCGCAGCGCCAAACAGGAGAGCGAGACUCUGGUUCGGAGCCGCGAGGCAGAGCUCUUAUCCGAACUUCAAGAAGAAAGGGCAGCCGCCAUCGCUGCCCGCUGCCAGGCGUCUCGCGCGCUGCGGAACGCUCGGUCGAUGUCGCUACCUGGGUCUCUGCUGCUUGACGCGUCUUACGCCAGCGUCCCCGCCGCCGCCUUGACGCCGCCACGAGUGCACGCGAAAGAGCUGCAGGCUUGCGCUGCUGGCAAACAGUGCCCUGCAGGAAAGCUGGAGGGCACCCUGCGCCUCCCCAGCCGCAAGGCAGCUGGGAGUCCCGCGGUGGAGGGCUCGCCCGUGGCGGUGAGCUCCGUCGGUGCAGCCGCUGGCAGCAGCAGACCCUCGGGACUCAGCGAAGGGGCUUUCGACUUGGCAGAGCGGAGCUCGCCACGCGAAGCUGCCGGUCAGGCCUCACUGCGACAUGUGCCGGACACCGGCGAGGAGGAUCACGCGGGUUCGCCCUCCAGCUGCCAGGUCCUCUCGCCGGCCCUCUCCCUGGAGGCGAUGCAGGGCGAGUCCACUGCCAGCCCGGCUCUGCCCGGAAAUGCCGCCGGGUCCAUCCAGGCAACCGCUGUGGAGGUUCCUCCCGAAUCGCCAAG